AGUGACGGUACUCGAGAACCAGCAUGGCAUUGAAUCUGGCCCGCCGCACAGCAAUCGUGACCGGCUCCGCACGCGGAAUAGGCAAGGCAAUCGCCUCCCGACUUGCCCGCGAUGGCUACUCCGUCUGCGUUAACGAUAUACCCAGCUCCCAGGCGGCAAUCGAGGCAACUGUCUCUGAAAUCAAAUCACAAUCCCAGGCAAAUGUUAUCGGUAUCCCAGCGGACGUCUCGUCCGCGUCGUCCGUCUCCUCUCUCGUCAGAGACACUACCGAGAAGCUCGGCCCUUUGACGCUCAUGAUCGCCAACGCCGGGGUCUCGCAGGUCAAGCCGCUGCUAUCCGUUACUGAUGAGGACAUCAGCAGCGUGAUGUCCGUCAACUUCAACGGCGUUUUCAACUGCUAUACGGCCGCGGCGCGACAGAUGAUCGCUCAAGGCGACCCCAAGGCGGCCGCGGGUGUCGAGGUGUACAAGAUCCUCGGCGCGGCGAGUAUCGUCGCGCACAAGCCGUUUCCAACAAUGGGGAUCUACUCAGCCAGCAAGUGGGCGGUGCGUGGGCUGACGCAGGCAAUGGCCAUGGAGAUGGCGAAGCACAAGAUCACGGUGAAUGCGUAUGGCCCAGGUAUCGUGGACACGAAGAUGUGGGAGGCGAUCGAUGGCGGAUUGGGAGAGAUCGAGGGCCGCGCAAAGGGCGAGAGUCUGAAGCUGUACUCCGACAGGUUCAUCGCGCUGGGACGGACGAGCCGUGUCGAAGACGUGGCAGGCUUGGUAGGCGGGUUUCUAGCUAGCAGAGACUCGGAUUAUGUUACAGGACAGACGAUGUUGGUUGACGGAGGGAUAAUUUUUACAUAGUUCUUAGUCCACUACCAUUAGGUAGUGAGAUUAAUCGUUGAGUAUUAAGGAAUUGGGAAGAUUAUCUCUGCAUGGAACGAGAAAUGGAGACUG